AUGUUGUUUCAUCGCCACGCUAUUUCUUCUCAUCUCAACGCAUCUAGAAGCUCGACUGCAGUUAGGGUUUGGAUUCAAUUUACAGCUUCAAUUUCGAGUCUCAAAGUAGUUUGGCGUAGAGACCAAAAGCUAGACCAAGCAAUCGAGAACGAUAAAGCGUGGAGGCAAUGUGCAAAAGUUGUUAAAGAGGUGUUAAACGAACCUGGUAAAGUAAUCCCUCUUCGAUAUUUGGAGAAACGUCGUGAACGAUUACGACUUCCAGUCAAGAUCCGAACUUUUUUAUCCCGAAAUCCAGGUCUUUUCGAUGUCUAUUAUGAUCGAAUCAAACCCAAGACUGAACCUGUCAAGUUUUUAAGGUUUAGUGAUGCGCUCCAACGCGUUUUAGAUGAGGAGGAAAUGAUUUAUCUUGAAAACGAACCGUUACUUGUUGCUAAGUUGUGUAAAUUAUUGAUGAUGUCCAAAGACAAUGUAGUUAACGCAGAUAAAUUGCUUCACGUGAAGAGGGAAUUUGGUUUUCCUAAUGAUUUUUUGGUGAAUUUGGUUCCGAAAUAUCCAGAGUAUUUCAAAUUAAACGGAAGUCCAGGAGAAGGAAAUUCAUAUUUGGAAUUGAUUACUUGGAACCCUAAUUUUGCAAAAUCAGUGAUAGAACAAAGGGCCGAUGAUGAAUCAGAGUCAACAGGCAUAAAAAUCCGACCAUCUUUCAAUUGGAAGCUCCCAUCAGGUUUUCUAAUCAGGAAAGAAAUGAGAGAAUGGAUUAGAGACUGGAUGGAACUUCCAUACAUAUCACCAUAUGACGAUGCAUCAGAUUUAGAUCAAGCAUCUCAAGAAAUGGAGAAGAGAACAGUGGGUGUUUUUCACGAAUUACUCUCAUUGUCAUUAUACAAAAGAAUCCCAGUACCAAUAUUAGGCAAAUUUACAGAAGAAUAUAGAUUUUCAAACUCAUUCUCAAGUGUAUUCACAAGGCAUUCAGGAAUCUUUUACAUGUCACUGAAAGGUGGGAUUAAAACAGCAAUGUUGAGAGAAGCUUAUAAGGGAGAUGAGUUAAUUGACAGAGACCCAUUACUAGAAAUCAAUGAUAAUUUCAUUUUGUUAUUGGCUGAAGGACAUAAACAGAGGAUAGAAAAACUAAAUCUUCAGAAACAAGCAGUUGAAAACAAUACUACACCAAACACAGGCUUCCCAAAUGUCAUGCAUAUGGAAUGA